UGUGCUUCUUCUUGAGUCAACAUAUUCACACAUGGAUUUCAGUGGUUCCUUUCAACACUUUUUACCCUGCUCUCUCUCUCUCUCCCUCUCCCAGGAGUAUACAAUAGAUGUUUUCUUCCGUCAGAGUUGGAAGGAUGAACGCUUGAAGUUUCAUGGACCAAUGAACAUUCUGCCACUCAACAACCUGAUGGCCAGUAAGAUCUGGACCCCUGACACUUUCUUCCACAAUGGCAAGAAAUCUGUGGCGCACAAUAUGACCAUGCCCAACAAGCUACUGAGAAUCAUGGAGGAUGGAACCUUGCUCUACACUAUGAGGCUAACGGUUCAAGCUGAAUGUCCCAUGCACCUAGAGGACUUCCCCAUGGAUUCUCACUCAUGUCCCCUUAAGUUUGGCAGUUAUGCCUACACAAAGACAGAGGUCACUUACAUCUGGACUCGAAAUGCCUCCCAGUCAGUGGAUGUUGCAGCUGAUGGAUCCAGACUCAACCAGUAUGACUUAGUGGGCCAGAGUGUGGGAAAGGAAACCAUUAAAUCCAGUACUGGUAAAUACACAGUCAUGACAGUUCACUUCCAUCUGAAGAGAAAGAUCGGCUACUUUGUAAUCCAGACAUACUUACCCUGUAUCAUGACAGUCAUCCUCUCACAAGUCUCCUUCUGGCUCAAUCGAGAGUCAGUGCCAGCCAGAACUGUUUUUGGCGUUACUACAGUUCUCACAAUGACGACACUGAGCAUUAGUGCCCGUAAUUCACUGCCUAAAGUGGCCUAUGCCACAGCUAUGGACUGGUUCAUCGCUGUCUGUUAUGCUUUUGUCUUCUCUGCACUCAUUGAAUUUGCAACAGUCAACUACUUCACCAAGCGAGGCUGGGCCUGGGAUGGGAAGAGUGUUGUCAAUGACAAGAAAAAAGAAGCAUCUAUCAUGAAGAAUAACAAUGCCUAUGCUGUAGCUGUCGCUAACUAUGCUCCCAAAAUGACAAAGGACUCCACGCUGUCCACCAUCUCCAAGUGUUCCAUGAAUGAACCCAACAAGACCAACGCAGAGACCAAGCCAGAGCAGAAUAGGAAGACCUUCAACAGUGUUAGCAAGAUAGACCGUAUAUCUCGCAUCAUGUUCCCUGUGCUGUUCGGGAGCUUUAACCUGGUCUACUGGGCCACCUACCUGAACAGAGAAUCAGUCAUUAAACAUCUGGAUCUUACCAAAUAAACUGCAGUGAUGAAUUCUCAACACAAAGCCUAUUCUAGAUCUAUAUUAUAUUGUAUUGGAUGAAUUAUCUAAAUUUUUUAUUAAUUCAGGUACACAACAUACCUGGGUUACAAUAAACCUUACUUAGCCUUACUUAGUUGUACAUGUGCAUUCAGUUGCUUAAUAUUAGAAAACAACACUGUCAUGACAAUAAACAUAUAGACAGAGAUGCCACCUUAUCAAAUGAAAAUAAACAGCUGUGAUUACACCUGAUCAAUCAAAAUAAGAGGACACAGGUUUUCAGACCUACUUCAUGUAGAAUUGUGAAUGUUAUUGUGUUGUUGUUUUUUCCAGAGAAACCAUGACUCCCCUCAUUUGCUUCUAUAUUUGGUUAUGUUCUGUCAUUACCUGGACCAAUAUGGUGUGUCAUCUGCAUACAAAGUGUAAGUGAAUGAGAAAGAGAGAGUGCUCAGUGCACACUGUGUCCAUAACUAAGCCAUGAAGGCAGCCAGUGGUGGCUACCCAUUACCAUUUAAUUAAUGUUGAUGUGAUUUGACAUUGGUCUUGUGUGGUCACAGAAUGGUUGGUG